CAGAGGCUCCGGGGACGGGGACUCCCUGAAUCCGUUCUCUCCUCGUCCCGUCCCCCCCGCCUCCACCUGUCCGUCGUCGUCGCGCAGCGGCACGAAUCCAGCUAGGGAUCGACAGAUCGAGGCCUCUGCUCCGCCGCAGCCCCACGCCGCCCUCCGGACGGCAAUCCGAAGAAUCCGCGGGCGAUCGGAAGGGAGCGAUGCGGCAGCAGCGGAGCGGGGGCGUAGGCGGCGGCGGGAGGAGGGUGGAACCCGGGCUGCUGACGAGGACCGUGGACAAGGUGUUCCGCUUCGUCCGCCUCGCCGAGUUCGAGAUCCUCUUCGUCCUCUUCUUCCUCAUCGCUUUCCUCCUCUUCAAAGACCUCAUGUCUCGACCGCAGUACAAUCAGAUCUUUGUCAAGAAGCCGGAUCUAGAUGACUCCUGGCCUUAGAGGGUAGGAAUCAUAUAAUGUUCUUGAUAGCUUGCUUUUCUUUUAGUUGUGUUGCCUGAAGUACAUUCCUGAGGUGCAUCUCUGAAUCUCCCUAAGACUACUUUUUUCAUAUCAGGAACCUUCUUAUGACUACCUAGAGUAUUCUCUUUUGAGAUGAUAAAUAUAUUUAGUUAGUCAUUUUCUAUACGCAAGAGAAAUUGUCAUGUCAUCACCUACACUACUUUCAUGCUUAUUUGGUAUGGACAUUCAUACUUUGACAGAAUGGUUGCUACAAGACAA